UAUGCUAAUUGCCGUUCUACCCGCUUCUUCCAUUUCUGUGAAUCAAAGCCGCUCAUGUUUCUAUUCAGAGUAAAAGGAGCCAAGACAAGAGAUCCGCAUGAGAGAAAGUCAAAAACCGAAGGAAAGUGUUGCGAACGCUUCAAAGUGACACAUUGGUCUGUGUUGAACGCAGGUGUGUGGAGUUUGGGUCAGGAUGCGGCCGGCUCUGUUCCUCUGUCCCGGCCUGAUCUCUCUGUUAUUCCUUCUGUCUGGACUGACCCUCAUCAGCGGCUGUAACAAAGCCCUGUGCGCCAGUGACGUCAGCAAAUGUCUUCUGCAGGGUCUGUGUCAGUGCCGGCCGUCGGAGGGAAACUGUUCGUGUUGUAAGGAGUGCAUGCUGUGUUUGAGCUCUCUGUGGGAGGAGUGCUGCGACUGUGUCGGAAUGUGUAACCCCAGGAAUUACAAUGACAGUCCUGCCUCCUCCAAGAGCACCGUCGAGGAGCUGUACCGACCAAUCCCAUCGCUCUUCCGCGCUCUGACCGAAGGCGAUGCCCCCAUUAACAUGAUGGUCGUGUCGUUCCCCGUGGCGGAGGAACUUUCCCACCACGAGAACCUCGUGUCUUUCCUGGAGACGCUCGACAGCCAGAGCCACAACAUCUCACUGCCCAGCAGCAGCGUCCAUGAUGGUGCGUACCGGGAGGAAAAGAUAUUAAAACAUGAUUUUAUCUUGUCCCAGAAUACCUGUAACCGGGCGAACGAGACGAGAGACGUGCAGAUCCAUUUGCAAGCUUUAUUAGACAGAGACAUAGUCCAUAACACAGGGCAAGGCAAAGAGAGAGAAUCCAGGAUCCUGGAUUUCCGUCGAGUGCCGCCAGUGGCUGGACGACUGGUGAAUAUGACCAAAGAGAUACGAGAUGUGACCCGUGACAAAAAACUGUGGAGAACCUUUUUCAUUUCACCAG